GCGGAGUGGGUGAUGGCGGCCAUGUUGGGAGCGUCGGGACAGCUUUGAGGAAGGGCCUCGGUGUGAAGACGAAGCGCGUCGCUUGUCCUGUCUCGCCCGCCGUGGUGAAGCCGGGGGAGGCGAAGAGGAGACGGCGCCGGAACCGUGCUCGGACCGCGAGGAGGCCUCUCGGCGCGCGCGCGUUGGGCUUCCUCCCGCCGGCGCCAUGAGCGGGGGGACGCCUUACAUCGGCAGCAAGAUCAGCCUCAUCUCCAAGGCCGAGAUCCGCUAUGAGGGCAUCCUCUACACCAUCGACACCGAGAAUUCCACCGUGGCGCUGGCCAAAGUUCGUUCCUUUGGUACUGAAGACAGACCCACUGAUCGGCCUAUACCACCUCGUGAUGAAGUAUUUGAAUACAUUAUAUUCCGUGGCAGCGAUAUAAAGGAUCUGACUGUUUGUGAGCCGCCUAAACCACAGUGUUCACUCCCCCAGGAUCCAGCUAUUGUUCAGUCUUCUCUAGGAUCAUCGUCUUCUACUUCAUUCCAGUCUGUGAGCUCCUAUGGUCCUUUUGGCAGAAUGCCAGCCUACAGUCAGUUCAGUCCAAGUCCCUUAGUGGGCCAGCAGUUUGGUGCUGUUGGUGUUGGAAGUUCAUUGACAUCGUUUGGCACUGAAACAUCGGCCAAUGCGAGCUUGUCUCAAAGUAGUGCAGUUGGUUCCACUUUUACGACAGAUGCACGAUCAUUAAAAACACAGCUCUCUCAAGGUCGUACCAGUCCUCAGUUAGACCAUUUGAGAAAGAGCCCGAUCCUGGAGCAAGCAGUACAGACCACAUCGGCCCACUUACCUGCAUCAGCACCAGUUGGGCGCAGGAGUCCUGUUUCAGCUAGGCCUCUGGCAUCCACUAACCAAAAAUCCUUAGAAAAUCAGGAGCACAGGCGAGCUGAAGCACACAAGUUUUCAAGAUCCGAAGCAGAGCAGCUGAGAAGUGAUAAACGUCAACUGGGGGCACCUCCGGUACGAAGAGGCCGCGGGGGUCAUCGUGGAGGUCGAGGAAGAUUCGGUAUCAGGCGAGAUGUUCCAAUGAAAUUUGAGAAAGACUUUGAUUUUGAAAGCGCAAAUGCUCAGUUCAAUAAAGAGGAAAUAGAUCGUGAAUUUCACAACAAGCUGAAACUGAAAGAAGAUAAACCAGAAAAGCCAGUAAACGGGGAGGAUAAAGGUGACUCAGGUGUCGACACCCAGAACAGUGAAGGAAAUGCAGACGAAGAUGACCCCCUUGGGCCCAACUGCUAUUACGACAAAACCAAGUCUUUCUUUGAUAACAUCUCCUGUGAUGACAACAGGUACUGCCCAUUGGGGGUAGUCAGCGCACUGUGUGGGCAAUCUUCCCAAACUGUAUCCAAAAGAGAACGAAGACCUACCUGGGCAGAAGAAAGAAGAUUAAAUGCAGAGACAUUUGGGAUUCCGUUGCGUCCAAACCGUGGCCGUGGGGGCUUCAGAGGGAGAGGAAGUGGUAGCGGAGUUGGUGGCUUCCGAGGUGCUAGAGGACGUGGUGGCAGCAGAGGAAGCUUCAACGUCCCUCGGGGGUUUCGUGGUGGAUUCCGAGGUGGACGUGGUGGCAGGGAGUUUGCAGAUUUUGAAUACAGGAAAGACAACAAGGUUGCCGCAUAGCCCACAAGGAAGUUGAAAGCCAGGUGGACUUACAGAUCUUCGUAGUCCAGAGAAUGUGUCGGUCUUUGCAAAGAAAUUGACUUAAUUUGCUGUAAAACUCGUCACCAGCAAUAGGGUUUGUUUUUUAAUUUCAAAGGGGUUUGAAGCAGUAACCGUUUUGGGGGAAGAAAUGCCAUCUUCAGAAACAACGAGCGUUAAAUAUAUUUGCGAUAGAAAAAUAAGUAAUUUCUUACAUAUAGUUAAGCUAUAAAGCAGUAUGUCAAUGGCGUUUAAGUAUUUUUUUCAUCACAGAAAAGAUUUUUCUUAACUGAAUUGUAUUUGAUUGCUGCAGGUUGCAAAGACAAUAGUAUGCAGAAGGCCGUCAGUACUGUGAGUGUGCUGAUCCAUUGAAGGUUGUUUUGGGGACUCCUGUAAGAUCCCUUUUCUGAAAUAGUUGUACUUUUUGUCAGAUAGGGUGCUGGGCAGUAGACAACUUGAUUUGUCAGUCAAAAAAAAUGUAAACACAGUAAAUAUUGUUUCUUGGGCAAAGGAAAACUUUUUAUAGUUGUAAAAUUCCAUGAUUAACCCAUUGCCAAAGAAACAUUGAAGAACUUUGUAUAGCUGUAUAAAAAGCGACUAAUUUUUUAAAAGGAUAAAACAUUUUUAAGUCAACAGACCUGCUGUGUUGAGACACUAAAAGACACACAUAAGAGUUUGUUUCAGGUUUUUUUUUCUUUGUAGCUUUUCAGGCUUUAAACUUGUUUGGUUUUUAUAUUUUGUUUCAAAUUUAAAAAAAAUGAAAAUGUUCUUCCGUGAUAACAAAACCUGCAUAAAACUAUUCUGUCUUGGGAAGAAAUUUGGUUUCGUAAGUUUCUGGCAUAUCAAAGGGUUUGACCAAAUUUAAAGUCCUCUGUCAAUCAAGACAAGCCUAGACGCUUCACAUUGCGAUUUGCGUUAACUAAUCCAGCUGAAAGGUUGGUGACCCAGUCACGCAAGUUCUGAGACUCCUUUUUGUGCCUGACAUAAAAAUGAAAAGUCUCCAUGUAUCAAUUCUUGAAACGUUGGCUCUUGUUUUAAUAUUGUUGACAUACUCAAUUUAAAAGUGAAUUUCCUAGUGUUUGAAAUUGCUUGAGUUUUGAUGGACUGUAGCUUGGAGACAUUGAAUGUUCAUUUUUUUAGACAGUAUCCCACAGGUGAUUUGGUAUGAAGUAAUUGUACACCAAUUCUGAAUAACUAGUUUAAUGACUUCUCCUUUUUUUGAUAUUAAGUUAUAUUAGAUACAGUAAUCUGGUAAUUUGUGUUUGUAUUUGUAUAUGAAAGCCACAGGAAUAAAGGGAUCCAAAGAUUAAAGCAUUUUUUUUUAAAUCUUAAUUUGCUGGGGGGGUUUCUUUCUCAAUGUUCAGUAGUGAUCAGAUGUGGAUAACUGCACUGUUAGGAAAUGGGGAUAUUUAAAAGUGAUUGAUAGAAUCAUAAUUUUAUAUCUUUUUGUAUAGCACUACAAAGGAAAGUAUUUUGUAAUUGGUUUCCUUAUGGGGUCACGUAUUUGGCAGAUGUAGAAUUUAGAUACUCUUGUUUAGUAAUAUUUUGCAUGUUAACAAUGCCUUUUUGGGAUCCACAAAUCAUCAUACUGAACAGUUUGGGUUUUUUAAACAAAAGGCAAGUCCUGUCCUGUUGCAAUAACGAUGUAAUACUGUCUGAGGUGUCCCAAGUUUUAUUUAAACAAGAUAAAAUUGUAAAUACCAACGAGAUGUGCUGUGAAGGUAUGAAUUAGUUUCAUCUUACCCACCAGUCCUUUGGGUUUACUAGUUGGGGUGUGUUUGUACCCCGGUAAAGAACAGCAUGUCAUACCUUCGGUGUACCUUGCUACAGAAGAGUGGGGCUUUUAUUUUAAG